GCCGCCUCUGGUUUAAUCCAGGCAUCCCCAAACUUCGGCCCUCCAGAUGUUUUGGACUACAAUUCCCAUCAUCCCCGACCACUGGUCCUGUUAGCUAGGGAUCAUGGGAGUUGUAGGCCAAAACAUCUGGAGGGCCGCAGUUUGGGGAUGCCUGGUCUAAUCCCUCGUGGCUCUAAGUACGUAUGAUCAUUUCAUAUUUCUUUCAUUUUCCUAGUCAGGGAAUUUGCCCAAAGCCACUUGCUGAGUGGCUCUAGAACAGGCAUAGACAAACUCAGCCCUCCAGAUGUUUUGGGACUACAGCUCCCAUCAUCCCUGACCACUAGUCCUGUUAGCUAGGGAUAAUGAUAGUUGUAGUCCCAAAACAUCUGGAGGGCCGAGUUUGCCUAUGCCUGCUCUAGAACAAGGGCCAGGAAACCUAUAGCUUUCCAGAUUUUGAGGUCUCCAAUUCCCAUCAACUUCAAUUUGCAUCAAGGAUUAUGAAUAUUGUAAUCAAGGAACAUCUGGAGGGCCACAGGUUCCUUUCCCUGCUCUUGAAACAAUGGAAAUGCCAAGGAGCCACAGGUCAUCACAGCUUCCUGGCAUGUGUCUCCAUUAGGAAUGUGUAUCCACCUUUCUCCUUUCACAUGAUUGCUCUGGGAAAUACAGCAGCAAACAUGCCCAGCAUAUAAAGUGUUUUAAUUCCUCAGCAACUGCUUUGAAACUCUUACCAGGGCAGGUGGGGUGGUGGAAAGAUGCACUUUGUGCCAGUGUGGUGUAAUGGCCAGAGUGUCGGAUUGGGACCAUGAUUCAAGCCCUUGCUGGGCCACGAAUCUCACUGGGUAACCUUGGCCAGUCACUACCUGACAGGGUGGUUGUGGCGUUUCAGCCAGGAAGGAAAGAAACGGCUAGGCCUGAAGGAAAACGUGGGCUUGGCACGCAAGAAAUUGACGUGCACUGAAGCAUUCACUUUCGUCGCCAGGACGGCUUGAAAAAUAAACCCAGAGAGACUGCGAACAAAAUAAACAGAAAUAAUUCUUGAAGAGCCCAAACCAGGAACGAGCUGCCGCUGCCCUCAGCAGUCUCCCGAGGAGCCCAGAGGAGCGGAGCUGCCGGAGGGCGCGGCUUCUCCCUUUCCCGCCUCCCCUCGGGUUCCCCGUGCUGGGCCAGCUCCCUGCUCGAGGGGCGGCCGGGCCUGGCGAGCCACGAGGGCCUCCUGCAGAGAGCGGGAGGCGAGGAGCGAGCGAGAAAGCGAGGCUGGCUGGCGCUGCGGCCCCCCGGCCGGGCUGCAGGGGGAGCAGUGGCGGGCGGCGCGACUCCGAGGAGGCGGCGGCGGCGGCGAAGAUGGCGGCCGCGGCUCAAGCGCUGAGUUGCUCCGGGCUGCUGCUGGCCGCCGCCGCCCUGGCGCUGCUGGCCGUGGCCAUCGGCACCGACUCCUGGUACGAGACGGACGCGCGGCUGCACCGCCAGCACUGCCGCGUCUUCGGCCAGAAGCGCAACGCCCACAGCAACAGCAACAAUAACAGCGACCCGCCCGGCUCCAUGUCGGCGCCCAGCCCGCACCUGCCGCUUCGAGCCCGCCCGCCCAGGGCCCUGCUCCCCGGGCAAACCCCGCCGCCGCCGCCCUCGGCAGCGCAGCCGCUGCUGCUCCCCGGGGCCGCCGCCGCUGUCGCCGCCGCUUUGGCGCUGGAAUCGCACUGCGGCCGCCGCUUCAACUCCACCGUCUCCGGCCUCUGGCGGCGCUGCCACCGCGCGGGCUUCGAGCCCGACAGCGAGGAGCUCAUCCAGAAAGGAGUCAUACAGCGUUGCACAUCUGUGAAGUAUCACUACACUUCAUCUUCCCUGCCACGCAACUUGCCUGUUAAUAUUACCAACACUAUCCGCCAGGAUGAGUGGCAUGCCCUCCAUCUGCGGAGAAUGACAGCUGGCUUUAUUGGUAUGGCAGUUUCCAUCAUUCUCUUUGGGUGGAUCAUUGGUAUGCUGGGCUGCUGUAAACAGCAUGAGCUCAUGCAAUAUGUAGCUGGACUGCUCUUCCUUAUGGGAGGUACCUGCUGCAUCAUCUCCCUUUGCACCUGUGUGGCUGGGAUAAACUUUGAGCUGUCUCGUUACCCUCGCUAUGUCUAUGGGUUACCCGAGGACAUCAGUCAUGGCUAUGGCUGGUCCAUGUUCUGUGCUUGGGGAGGCCUGGGACUGACGCUUCUGGCAGGAUUCUUAUGCACAUUGGCCCCCUCUCUCAAUAGCCCCCGGACUGUCGUACAGAAACCCAGACAGGAAAAUGGUACUGUGUGAUGAGAAGGGAGCAAAGGACUCUAGCAAGCACAGGCCAGGCCAGGUCCGGCAGUGGGUUACUGCCAAUAGUGGAGGCAUCUGAAAUUCAUGAAGGGAGGUUCCCACUGCAAACAAACGAAGGAAUUCAGCUGCUAUGUCAAAGACUUGGCGGGGGAGGAACCCUCCCUUCCUUUGAUUCUUCAGCCUUCCUGUCUGAUACAACCAACCAAAUCAGGUUAAUUCUUUAUUCCUGGCUUGCCUAAAGGGAACUUUUCUGUUAAAUAGGGUGUGUUGCUGUAGGAUCUGUGUACCAUUUAAGCUGAAUCAGAUUUCUGCUAGGAGCAGAAGCCACUGUGAAUUCCCUUUGGCGUCCUAGUGACUCCAGGGAACUCCAUUUCCAAGAAUCUUUGAGGACCAGUCAGAGGUAAAGACCAAAGGGAAAUCCAGCCAGUCUCAGCAUUCAUAGAAUCAUAGAGUUGGAAGGGACCCUGAGGAUCAUCUAGUCCAACCUGAAUAUGCAGCCGUCCCAUAUAGGGAUUGAACCCGCAACCUUGGUGUUAUCAGCACCACGCUCUAACCAACUGAGCUUUCCUAUUGAUUCUCUUCUGCAGCAGGGACCUGAUGCUGUUACAGGCUUAACACAGCCUACUGCUUCAGCCUUUGACACCAGCUUAAGUGGGGGCUUUGCAGACAUUCAGACAGGAACAUUAGCAAGUUCUUCCUCUGGACCACACAGUAUCUAACCUAUGCCAGUUUUGGAAGCCAAAUAUGUAUAGCAGUUCAUGAAAGGUUACUUCUGGGAUAACAUAUAGGGAGUUAGAGCAAGCAGCAAAUAAAUGAGACUUCAGAACUUGAGGAAUUCCUCCAUGAAGGCAUCAAGCCUGAGUUAGUGUCAAGAUAACUCACACUUGCAUACAGAAAAUCGUUUUGGGGGUUGGCUGAACCUAAUUAAGUUAUUUAGUCACUUGUGAUAUUCCUGCUUGAAGUAACACAAAGAACAAAACAACAGGUUUCUGGUUAAGGCCAGAAAGUGGACCAGGGCUCCCAUCCUAGAAAUGAUGUUGUCAUAGCAACUGCUGUAAUAGGCAAAUGAGAUUUGCAAGCUGCUUCAAAUCCUUCCAGGCUGAGUGUAGAACUUUACCAUUUUGGAUAAUGAGCACAGAAACUUGAAAAGACAGCCUGAUUGGUAGCAUCCUCUUCUAACAGAAAAGGAAGCACUUUUUAUUACAUGGACUCAGUACGCACGAGAACAACGAGAGCUGGGCCUAACUCAGGAACAUCAACAAUGGUGCUGAAGGGGAGGAACUGGUCUUUCCUCAUUGUACUCCUUUUCUGUCUCCUCAAAAGACUACACAGAAGCCUUUUUUGGAGGGCUGUUUACAUUGUAUUUUUAAGUGGCAUGUAAUUAAUAACUCAGUGCUAAAGUCAAUGUAUUCAUGGAAAGUGUGGUUUUUAAAUGGAAGUUGUAAAUUUCAAGAGGCAUUAAAUUAAAAGGCUUGGUUCCAGUGAGAGGCUGGAGAUUCUCAGCCUUUUGGAUCUCA